CAAAUUUUGCCCUGCCAAUUCCGAAACUGAACAUUUGAGCUUAUACAUACAGAUUACAGACUCUGAGUGAUAACUGAUAAGAUCCUUGAAAUGGAGAUGAAGAUGGAAGUUGAAAACCCCACUACUCCUCAAUUAGGGUUUCCUUUCUGGACUUCUCUUCCACGACGAUUCCUCCCAGACGCUUUGUUCUUUGAACCAGGAAAUCUUGAGAGAGAACUUCUUGCCAAACAGAUUGCACUAGAUAUUACAGAUGAUGAGAAACAACAAAUCGAAAACAUUGAGAAUGAGAUCACCAGGGAGGUAUUCUGUCCAAUUGUGAAUUGUGGUGCCCAUUUGAAAUCAUUGGAAAGCUUUGAAGAUCACUACAAUGCUCGCCAUGCUGCAUCUUGUUCAGUUUGUUCUAGGGUUUACCCAACAUCACGCCUACUCAGCAUACAUGUUUCCGAAGUUCACGAUUCUUUCUUUCAGGCAAAAGUUGCCCGUGGAUUUCCAAUGUAUGAGUGCUUAGUUGAAGGGUGUAGCAUGAAGAUGAAGAGCUACAAAAGUAGGCAGCAACAUCUGAUGGAUAAGCAUAGAUUCCCUUCCACUUUUGAGUUUUACAAGAAGGCUCACACAUCAAAGAAGCAGAGAAAGAAGAAGCUGCAACAUAAACAAAUCAGGAGCUCUGAUGCUAUGCAGAUUGAAGAAGAAGUAGAAGAAGAUGAUGACAGUUCCUCCAUUGAUGGCCUUGUUUCGGCUGUGUCCAGACUUACAGUAGACAAAGACCCGUCAUCUAUCAGCUUUGGGCGUCGUCACACACGUGGGUUGGCUUUCGUUCCUAGGUCUGUCCAACGCGAAAGAAAAUAAUAGAUUCUUCUAAAAAUUAACAUUUGUAAGAGUUUAUGCUUGGAAGGACAUGGUUGAUCUGUGAUUUCAAUUGUCAUGAAGAACUGUACCAGUUUUACAGAGAUACAUAAUAAUGCUAAUUAAAAAGGAACAUUAAAAGUUUCAAAUAUGUAGUUAGUUUC